AUGUUAAAGAAAGCACAUUCACUUUCACUUGUUUUAAUUAACCUUGGAUUAAUCUCAUGUCAAACGGAUCCUGAUUAGAGUCAAAUGUUGCUUGAACUAUUAACAUCUUUUACAAACUUUGCAAUUUCUUUAAAUGGCACUGCUAUACCCUAUGGAGCAGCAGAUUAGAUUAUUCCAGCCCUUACUAACUUUUUAGAUUACACUGAAUAUAUACCUCUGGUUAGCCUAAUCCCACAAUCUAAUAUUGACUAAAAUAUCAUAAAAGAGCUGCUUGAUGAAAGAAGUAAAGCAGAUACAAGAAGCUUUGGACUUGCUGAUUAAUAAAUAUCUAGUCUUUUUAAUAAUCUUGACCAAGCCUAAUGCUAUACACAUUUUUCUUAAGGGGUUGCUGAGAUUUACUCAGGUUUCACAAAAUUCUAAAAAAUCGCUAAUGGUGAAGAUUCUCAAGGCGUUGAAUUCGCCAAUUAUUGUGCAGUUGAAACUAAUUACAGUUUCUUCCUUGACAAUCUUAUUGCCCUGCUUGAUGGAUCUGGAGAUUGUGAUUUAUUAAAUGCCCUAUAUAAUGGAGAUCCUAAAAACAACUUCUAUAUGGGCUGGAGAGAUUUUAUGGCAGAUAAAGCUGGUUUUAUUGUUAUGUAUAUCACAAUGGGAGUAGCAAUGGAAACCAUUUUUAAUUUGUACAAUGCAAGUUUAGAUUAAAAUUAAAUAAGCACAAUCAACGAUUAUUAUAUAGCUGCCUUGGAAAGAGUUAUCUAAAGAGUUAUUUAGUUCGAUUAACUAGCACUGUAAUCUGUUUAAAGUACAAUGACAUAAAACCUUAUUCAAUUGAUGUCUGAUAAUCCAGGGUUAAGUCUUGAUGUUUUUGGCUAUAACUUUAACACAUUCACUUUAAAUGCUAUUUAUAGCUAGUUAUUAGUGACAUUAGGCCUGACAUAUAGUAGUAGUGAUGAGGCGAAUUUCUAUUCGGAGUGUUGGAACUGUAUUCAUGCUACUGUAGGUGAUUAUAGAGGAAUCGCAGCCUGGUUAGGCAAAAAUUCAGCAUCAUCUCUAUCAAGUGACUUAAACCUUCAAUAGUACGUUACUGAAUCUAGCUCACCUUAAGAUAUUACUAGUGCUAUCUGGGAAAAUGUAGGUGACUGUGUUAGUGGAAUAUGGAUUUUUAAUUAAUCAACCCCUCACUCAGUAGAUUCUGCUUUUGGUGAUAGAAUAGUCAGAUAUAAUGGAGAUGUUUAUGACAUUUAUGUUUGGGGCGUUCAGGAAGAUUGCUUAGGCAGACCAGCUCCUAUUUGA